AUGACCAUAUUUUUUUGUAAAGGAAAUGAGGCUUUGCACCAUUUGACACUUGCUGGUGGAAAUGAAUUGCUUAUUUUGAUGCAGACAUGGGAUGGUGUAUGGAAGUAUGCACAUUAUACCGACUUUUAUAUCGGCCCUAAGAACGACAAUUAUACGCUUUACUUAUCGGAAUACAGUGGCACAGCAGUAACAGUCUGCAAGACCGUGACACCAAUUACCAAAGCAAAAAAUUGUUCUGAAGUUCAAUCUCAAGGUCAUUCGUGUAGUGGUGUGUACACUAUUCACCCUUCUGUUAACAUCCAAAAAGAUGUUUGGUGUGACCUACAUACACUAGAGGGUCGAUGGACAGUAUUCCAACGAAGGAAAGACGGUUCUGUGGAUUUUUAUCGAAGGUGGUCGGACUAUGAACAUGGCUUUGGUGAUCCUACAACAGAAUACUGGAUAGGGAAUGAGGCUUUGUACCAUUUGACACUUUCUAGAGGAAAUGAAUUGCUUAUUUUGAUGCAGUCCUGGGAUGGUGUAUGGAAGUAUGCUCAUUAUACUGACUUUUAUAUCGGCUCUAAGAACGACAACUAUAGGCUUCACUUAUCGGAAUACAGUGGCUCAGCAGGUAACAGUCUGUUAAGGCAGGUAGGAUAUAAAUUUAGUACAUUUGGUACCGAUAAUGAUGUCUGGAGUGGAUCUUGUAAUCCGCAGUACCAUAAGGGAGGCUUUUGGUUUAGUGAUUGCGGUGGUUCCGAUCUAAAUGGAUACUAUUACAGUUCUGGGAUUAAUUCCGACGAUUCAUGUCACUGGUGGAAAUUUGCAGGAUCUCGAGAGUCUUUGAAAACCAUUUAUAUGAUGGUUCGAUAA